CUAAAUUUAUCAAUAAUGUGGAAAAUUGCUAAUAAAGCCGUUGUGCUAAAUCGAGCAUCUACAAAGACUGCAAAAUCAUCAGGUGCUGAUGCUGGUGGUGGCGAUGCUGAUGAUUUUGAUGCCUGGGUUAAGUCACGUCAACUACUAAAACCUGAAGAUCAAUUAGAUCUUACAGAGGCGGAAUUAAGUGAAGAGAUUACAAAGGUUUUGACGCCAACCAAUACCAAUGUCGUUCACAAUUUGGUCGUUUAUAGUUUUAAAGAUGAAGCUUUUGUUACGAUCCCUCCUGCUGGUAAUACGGUGACAUUACUGAAAUAUGAUGGAACUUCUUUGCAUAUAGAUUCGGAAGAGGCCAGAAUUCAGAUGGAUGAAAGUGGGGAAAUAGGUGUCCCUUUACCAGCCCCUCGUUAUUCAGUACCAGAAAUAGAAGUACCGCGAAAAUCCGAGGGUGCUGCAGAAGGUGAGUCAGGGGAAGCAGGCGAAGAAGGUGCUGAGGAUGCUGAAACAGCCGAAGGUGAAGAGGAAGUGGGCGAAGAAGAGGAAGAAGGACGAGAAGAAGCUGAAGAGGGUGAUUUAGGUGAAAAGGAAGCGGAAGAAGUAACAGAAGCAGGAGGAGCAGCUGCAGCAGCAGUACCCACAACGGGAAAGAAACGUAAACUUAUAAAUCAAUUUAAUUUCUGCGAAAGAGCUGCUUUAACUUUCAGCAAUCCGAAAAGGAAUGUGGAAACACAAACUAUACCACCACCACGUUCACAAUAUGGCGCCAAUGUUUUGCAAUGGGUGAUCUAUGACAGUUAUAUGGAGGAUUUUGAGAAGCAGCAAAAGGAAAAAGAUAAAAAGGAGGAUAAGAAGGUGCACCGCAAAGAGGAGGGUAAGGCGGGCAAACAAGAUGUACGCACUCAAAUGGCCGAGGAAAUCAAUAGAAAAUAUUUAAAAUGUUGGCAAAUACUGGAACGCAUGAUUAAUCAAAAUAUCUAUAGAGAUAUAGCUCAUGACUAUCGCUAUUGGGAAGAUCCCGCCGAUGAAUAUCGUGAGGCGGAAGGUACUCUAUUGCCUUUAUGGAAAUUUAACUAUGAACGUACCAAGAAAAUGAGUGUGACCGAUGUUAUGUUUAAUCCUUAUUAUUAUGAUCUGUUUGCCGUAUGUUUUGGAUCACAUGAUUUUAUGAAACAACCUAGUGAGGGUUCAAUUUGUCUAUUCACUUGUAAAAAUCCUUCAUAUCCGGAUUAUAUUAUCAUGACCGAGAGUGGUGUUAUGUGCUGUGAUAUCCAUCCAAAGUAUCCAUUUUUAAUAGCUAUUGGUCUUUAUGAUGGUAAUGUGGCGGUAUAUAAUCUUAAGGAUAAUUAUAAGGAACCAUUGUACUUUUCCGAUGGCGUUAAUGCCAAACACAUUGAGUGUGUUUGGGAGAUCAAAUGGGGUCCCGAUAUGGCAGACGGUGAGAUAAACUUCUAUUCUGUUUCCUCCGGUGGAAGGGCGCUUAAUUGGGUGCUUAUGCAGAAUAAACUAAUGGUCACAACCAUAAUAACAUUAUUUCUGGAAAAUGGCCUAGUAGCGGGUCCAGAUGGUACUGAGCUAAGAUUAAAAAGUUGCGGCUCUUGUAUGAAAUUUCAUCCACAAGAUAAGGAAAUAUUUCUAGUGGGCACGGAAGAGGGUUGCAUCUAUAAAUGUAGUAUAGCUUAUAGUUCAAAAUAUCUAAUGACUUAUCAUGCCCACAAUCUCUCUGUAUAUCGCAUCGAUUUCAAUCGUUACAAUUCCAAUAUCUUUAUAACGUGUAGCGGUGAUUGGCGUGUAAAAAUCUGGGAAGAUAUGAGACCAGAACCUUUAUUCAUAUUCGAUUUAGGUUCAGCCGUGGGUGAUGUUAAAUGGGCACCCUAUUCGAGUACGGUAUUUGCGGCCGUUACCAAUGAGGGUAAAGUCUAUGUAUUCGAUUUGAAUGUGAAUAAGUAUAAGGCCAUUUGUAUACAGGCCGUAGUGCCGAAACGUAAAAAUAAAUUAACACGUUUGGCUUUUAAUGAGAAAUUACCUUUUAUCAUAGUGGGUGAUGAUAAGGGCACAGUGACUUCUUUGAAAUUAUCUCCCAAUUUACGUUUAAUGGUUAAACCGCCCAAAAAGCAAAUGUAUUUAGAUCAAAAUACUUUACAAAUACAAAAAUUGGAAAAGUUAUUAUCGCUGGUACGUGAAUUGCCCGAAGGUGCUAUUGUCAAGGAUACUACGACAACGGUGCAAAGUUAAUGUGAUUAUUGAUGUGAUUUUAUUAAGUUAAGAUAUUUGUUGGUGUAUGAAUAUUAAUAAAGAAAUUUUAGUUUAAACUUUAUUAA